AUGAAGUACAUAGGACUGGGCCUACUGUCGAUGGUGAUGUCGCUGCUUGUCUCGACAGCUCUGGCAGGCGACUUUGCCAACGAGAUUGCUCGGGAGUUCAACAUGGGAUUGCUUCCUCGUCAGGCUAUGCAGGUCAACCUUCAGACUUUCACAGGCGCAUUGGGCGGGCCAACGGCACCAAUGAUCACGAAGUCUCAGGACUUCAAUAGGCCGUUCCAAGUUGAUGACGAUACUUUCCCCGACUUUCAAAGUGCCGCACAACGAUCAUGCGAUAGUCAGAAAAAUGCGUGUGCCGAAGUUUCGAAUAACGAGGGCGGCAACUUUGAGGUUGCCGACUGUGAGAAGCAGAAUGAGGAUUGCAAGUCGUCAGCUUCGUCUGCGACGGUGACGUCUUUCUUCUCGGUUUUCAGCCAGGGCACUGACUUUGAUAUCAUCUGUGAUAACUGA